AUGAGUCUGUUAAACUCGAUCAACUUAGGCCACUUAAUCGAUAAGAAGAAAAUUGACCCGGCGAAGAAUCCAAAUUUUCCACUGAUCCAAGCAGGCUCGAGAGAAGAGAAUAUGGGAAAAUCCGAGGUGCAAUUCAUACCGAUACAUCACCGUCCGGAGCCAAAUUCAUCCAUGUGUCACGUACAACCAGCCACUUGCAAGUCCUCUUCUCUACAACAAUACCUCGCUAAUGGAUUUCCAAAAAAUCCAGCAGGCCCGGAAGAAAAGAACGAAGAGGACAACGACGAGGCGGAAAAACCUUCAGAGAUACCAGAGGGAUACGAAAAGUUCAACCAUCAAAUGGCCGGGCAUUUGUCUGGCAAUAAUAUAGGUAUGUUGAAACGCGACGGGCUCGUCCUGAAACCGAUCAUAAAACGCGAAUGCGGCGACAGGGAGAUCAAUUUUUACGAACAGCUGGGGAGGACGACGGACAAAACCAUGACGGAGAUGAAGAAUUUCGUGGCGAAAUUUUACGGCACGAGGCGGCUGAGCGUCGAGGGCGAGACGAGGGAUUUCAUCGCUUUGGAGGAUUUGGUCGAGGAUUUCAAGGAGCCUUGUAUCAUGGACAUAAAAAUCGGUAGAAGGACUUGGGAUCCUGAUGCUACGUUGGAAAAGAUUCGGUCGGAGGAGAGAAAAUACCAAGACUGCAAGAGAGAUCUAGGAUUCUGCAUUCCCGGUUUCCAAGUAUACAAAUUAUCAAACAAUCAGUUAGUGAAACAAGGGAAAGAGUUCGGCAAGAGUUUAAAUAAAGAAGGAGCGGAAGAUGCCAUAAAAACCUUCUUAAACGCCAACGAAUGCAACGACGCCACAGCCAAGCCGUGCAGAUGUCUAAUAGUGCAAUUUCUGGCCAUCCUAUGGCGCAUUUUGUACUGGGCAAGGAACCAACGACAAUACCGCUUCUACUCCACUUCUAUCCUUUUAGCCUACGACGCCAGAAGACUCCGGGAGAAAACCAAACCGACUCCUUCCUCGUCACCUUCCUCUACCACGUCGACUCCAUCACCACAAUCGAAAUCCGACUACAAGUUCACCAGGAAAGGCAGUUUGUACAGACCGAUGAGCCUGGCCGUGUUGAACAAAAACAACGAAGGCAACGAUAGAAUUCCAACAGGUUUCAGCGGUCAACUGACGAAAGAAGGUCCGAUUUUGAAUCCCCAGAGGUCUUCGACGGGCGCCAAGCAACCGAUCGACGUCCAUCCGAUCGUACCGAGCAUCCUCAGCGACAACACCUGGUCGAAAUCCAUGACGUCCUUGAAGAGGACCCAUUCCUUUCAGAACAACUACGACAAAGACGUGCAGAACAGGAAGCAGAAUUACCUGCACCUUUUGGACGAGUUGUGCGACGAAAGGAAAUCGUCCCAUUGGGCCGUCGUCAAGAUGAUCGAUUUCGCGCACGUUUUUCCUGCGGAAAAUUCGGACGUCGACGAGAAUUACCUGGCGGGUAUCGAGAGCUUGGUGAGAGUAUUCGAGGAGCUGCUGAUGGAGAGCGAUUGA